GCCCGUCAUGGAAACCACGCCAAGGUCAUUUAGCGGCUAGAGCGUCGCAUGCAUCUCUGCCUAACUACAAGGGCCUGCCUGCUCCCACUCCUCCGCACCAGCGCCGGGCUCGCCGGACGGGCGUGCGCGACGCGGCGACUCUCCUCUGCGCUGAUGGGGGAGGCGGAGCACGACCCGCUCGUCCAGUACAUCGUCCUACGCCGCGACCUGCAAGAAACGGAAGGCUGGCCGCUCGGCGCGCUGGUCGCGCAGGGCUCGCACGCGGCCGUCGCGGCUGUCGCAGAGCACUGGGACACGCCUGCGUGUCGGGCCUAUGUAGCGCCGGACGCCAUAAAACGCAUGACCAAAGCGGUUCUUGAGGUCAAAGGAGAGCUGCAGCUCAGAGGGCUUGCCGCCAAGCUCGAAGAAGGCGGCGCGGCUCACGUCCUGUGGGUUGAACAGCCCGAAAACUUUCCGACGUGCCUCGCGACGGCGCCCGCACGCAAGUCCACGCUCGCGCCCUUUUUCAAGAAGUGCCGCCUCUCGUCCUGGCACGACGUCAAGGCGAUUUCCGGAGCACAACAAGCCCCCGAAGGAACUUAGCCAGCCGACCCGGCGGACACUCACAAAGACCGCUUCGCCUCAGCCGGAUCCGACUCCGUUCGAGACUCGGAAUUCGAGAGGAGACCGGGCGACCCCGAGAGUCGCGCGCCGAGUUGUUGUUGCUGCGGCCGGUAUAUCCACGCUGUUUCGGCAGGAGAUAUACCAAAUAGGAUAUGUAAGAUUCCAUUAGUUGAA